GCUAUUGGCUGGAGCCCCCGCCCAGGGCGAGGAGGAGAAGGAGGGGCAGCAGGGUUUGGUUGAGCUGCAGCUGUUUGUCUGUUCGACACAGGCUUGGGGCCGACGGGGGAGACGGAGCCCCAGGAUUGUUGAAGCCUGGAAGUCCCCUCCCCUUCCCCCUCCCCCCUUUGCGGCAUCCCCCUCCCUCCACCCUUUCCCACUCUGAGAAUCUGGCCAUGACUAGCAGAAGCACAGCCAGGCCCAAUGGGCAGCCCCAGGCCAGCAAAAUAUGCCAGUUCAAAUUGGUCCUGCUGGGAGAAUCUGCAGUGGGGAAGUCAAGCCUGGUAUUACGUUUUGUCAAAGGGCAGUUCCAUGAGUACCAGGAGAGUACCAUUGGAGCGGCCUUUCUCACCCAGUCCGUUUGUCUAGAUGAUACAACAGUCAAGUUUGAGAUCUGGGACACAGCUGGGCAAGAACGAUACCACAGCUUAGCCCCUAUGUACUACAGGGGUGCCCAAGCUGCAAUCGUGGUUUAUGAUAUUACUAAUCAGGAAACCUUUGCCCGAGCAAAGACAUGGGUAAAGGAACUACAGCGACAGGCAAGUCCCAGUAUCGUUAUUGCCCUGGCGGGGAACAAGGCUGAUCUGGCCAACAAGCGCAUGGUGGAGUAUGAAGAGGCCCAGGCAUAUGCAGAUGACAACAGCUUAUUGUUUAUGGAGACUUCAGCCAAGACUGCUAUGAACGUGAAUGAUCUCUUCCUGGCAAUAGCUAAGAAGUUGCCAAAGAGUGAACCCCAGAAUCUGGGGGGCACAGCAGGCCGAAGCCGGGGUGUGGAUCUUCAUGAACAGUCUCAGCAGAACAAGAGCCAGUGUUGUAGCAACUGAGGGGGUGGCUAGCAGCGAACAAGUAUGGAGCUAGCACGAGAGCUAAGAAAUAACCUCCAUCCCCACCCCUCAGCACACAGCCCCUACGGUAACAGCACACCGAGCCCUGGCUCCCAAGGGCUGCCUCCUGACAGCUCCAUCAUGGCACUUUUUAACGCUUCAGCAACCAACACCAGGCAGCUGUUGCCACAGGCCUCCUACCCCCUACUCUGGGGCUUGGGGGUCAACUCCCCCCAGGACUUACCUCCCAAAACAAACUUUCUUCACUUUGUAUUAUAGGUGCAAGACAGUGACCUACUUAUCUUUUCUCCUUCUCCCCAGUGUUCUUCCCCAUUUUUUCAGAAAACACUUUCGUCUCCUGCCCCUUCCCCCUCCUACUUUUGGUCAAUCCCUGUUUUUGAUCCUGUUUUCCUCUUCUCCCCAGGAUGGAGAAGGUGGUGAACACAAGAACUGAGGAAGGAGGUUUCCAGUUUAGUUACGUUAAAGGGCCCUAGGGGAGAAUAAAGCUCAGAGCAGGAGGAAGUAAGGAAACAUUUCUUUUUUGGUUUUAUUGGGUUGGAGUUUCUCAUAUUUGAAAACAGUGCAGUAUCCAUGAGUCAGCCUUGUGGAGGGUAUUUCUAGGUAGAGGUGAGAAUGGGGAGGCAAGCUUUCAGGCACCAGGUGGGUGUUAUGUUGUUAGCUAGCUGGGUGGAGGUGGAGGUACAGUGUCAUCUGUGGCUCUGGAACUCUUCCAAGGCCCAGCUGGCACAAGGCCCUCACCCAGCCUCUUAGGUCGCUUCUCUCCUAUAGUGGGGACUGGACCCCAGAAUCCUCCAAAGAAUCUUCACUGGUUGCCUGCGUCUUUGGCUCUGCUGUGAUAUAAUUGGAGGGGGGACCAGUUUCUGAUAUCCAUCCUCUGAUUUAUACAUAUGCAUUUUCCCCCUCUGGCCUUUAGAUGGUCUCAGCCCCAGCCACCAUAUCCCCCUGAAGUUUGCACUUUAACUGAUGGUAAUUCAGUUGGGAUAUUUGUUUUAUGGUGGUUUUGAUUGAUUUACUUGCCCUCCUACUUUCUUUUUAAUUAAAUGGGACCUGAGGGGUAUAUAUGAGGUUUUCAGAGGGGCUAUGGAGAAAAGUACAAGUGGCAGCUACUCAAGCCCAGUCUCCACUGUUAGCUUCCUCCAAAUCUGAUCCUUAACCCUCUAUUCUUGCCAACCUAACUCUUGAGUAUAGGUUUGCCUUUCCUGGAAAAUUAAGCAACUGGGGAGUGGUCUCAGGAUAGCAUAGGCCAAGGUAGGGGAGUAAAGAGGUCAGGCAAAAGGGAGGAGUUUUCUGUUCUUCCCCAGGGUUCACAUUCAAUUUGAUAUCCAUUACCAUGUCUUUUCUACUUCUCUGUAAAUAGGUAUGAUCUUAUUCCCACCAUAUAGUCCGGUCUGUCCCCUGCCUCCCAUCAGGCCCUAUUUCUUUUCUCCUUUGUUAGUAGCUUGAGUUUAGUCCCUCCAUCCUUAUCCCCCCAUGCAGCCAGUGGUUUAUUCCAUGUACCACUAGGGGCUAGUACCAUAGAGGCCUCCUUGUAGCCCCCUCAUAUCAUACUACCUGUUCCUGUGGACAGGGAAUGACUAGCACUGGAGGUACUUCACAACUGUCUGAUAUCAUUAGAGGACCUUGGUCCUUUCUAAAUCUCUAGCCUCUCUUCAUAUCCCUCAUCAGGUGUUUUAGGAUGUCUUUGGGAAGCCAUCAAGGCAAGAGAGAACUCUAAGUUCCUUCUUGUUCUAGCUCAGAGUUUUGGGAAAAUUGGGGAAAGACAGAAGUCACAGUGACUUAGGAUUGGAACCUUUCUGCCCUUUUGGCUUACAGACUGCCUUCUGUCCCAGAGCAGCUGAGAAAUCCAUAAAGCUGAGAUUCUGAAGGACCCAGCUUAGGUUCUUCCACUUAGGCCUCAAUUCCUUUCCUUUUCCAGGGGCAGCCUUAGUUCCCAUGGCCCUGAAACACACAUACAUUUUCCCCUUCCUUUUCCCAGAAUCCACUAGCCCCCCAAAGCACCCAGUGCUUCCUUUUUACAAGUGGAAGAACUAGGAUGGCUCUCUAAGUCUCUUAGAAAUGAAGUUCUUUCUCUGUGCAGCUUUCCCCAUGGAGCAGGAGUGAAGAUAUAUUAUUGCCUUGGGGCCAGGAAACCAUUUCCCCAGGCUUCUUCUCCCCUCCCGAACCCCCACAGAAACAGGAUUGGCCUUAGCUUCUGGGCCUAUCUGCUGCCUUCCCUCUACUUCCUACCAGCUCUUCUGCCUUUGAGCUCUGUUGGGCUUGGGGAUCUUCGUUUUUUAUUUCCCAGCUCUUCAUUUUUUCUUCUGGUCAGUUUUUUAGGGGGAUGGGGAUGUCAUGUUUUGGUUUUUGUUUUCUUUUUUCUUUUUUUUUCCUUUCUUUUUCUUUUCUUUUUUUUUUUUUUUUUUUUUUGCUUUUAAGAAAGCAUUUGCCUUUCUUCCUCUCCCAACGUAACAAUCGUGGUAACAGAAUGCGACUGCUGAUUUACCGAUGUAUUUAAUGUAAGUAAAAGAAAGAAAAAAUUGCA